AUGUCACGAACUGGUUGGCUCCACCGAGGUGAAGCUCCCCCGGACACCGACGACCAGAGCUACAGUUCCAGCCACGGGUCAAACCAGGCUGGGCCAUCUGACCCUCCCAUGCCACAGGCAUACUUCGAGAUGAGAAUGGAAAAGGACCUGCCAAUCUUUUCUCGUCUACCGAAGGUCAAGAAUCUCACCUUAUUCUUGUUCGACACAGAUCUACCAACCUUCGUAAACGAAAAUAGACAGAAUAUGGAGAGAGCGAAAGGACCAUUGAACGCUCAGAUUAGAAACAUGAAAAGCCACCUGGGACAACCUUGGCCAUCGGAAUACCAGUCUGAAGAAGACAGCGGCCGAUCUCAGGCCUAUAAAACUAAGAGUAUGGCCCUUCUUGCGACUCAGAAUAACGCAGACGUUGUUCUUCCGAUGGCCUUGGAGAUCAUCAAAGCACAACGUCUUGUGGAGGAACACGGCGAGGGCAAGUGGCUCCAGCAUGCAGGCUACUAUUUUGAUCUGAACUGGGGGAACCUCGAGAGUAUUAUGCCAUGUGAGAAGUGA